AUGUCCCCGGGGAACAGCAGUGGUUUCCUGUCUUUCCUGCUGUCCGGCAGUCCUGGGAUGUCUCGUUUCCACCGCUGGGCUUUCUUCCCUUGCUGUCUGAUGUAUCUCAUCUCAAUGCUGGGAAAUGGCACCAUCCUGCUUGUUGUGAAAGCGAAUCGAAGGCUCCACCAGCCCAUGUACUACUUCCUUUCGAUGCUGGCCACCACAGACUUGGGCCUGACUCUGUCCACCCUGCCCACAGUGCUGCAUGUCUUUUGGUUUGGCACCGGAGAGAUCAGCUUCCCGGUCUGCCUCACCCAGAUGUUCUGCAUCCAUGCCUUCUCCUUCAUGGAGUCCUCAGUACUUCUGGCCAUGGCCUUUGAUCGCUACAUGGCCAUCUGCUGCCCGCUGAGAUACUCCUCCAUCCUCACCAGUGCAAGGAUUGCAAAGAUUGGGCUGGGGAUGGUCUGCCGCUCUCUGACGCUGCUCCCCCUCAUCUGCCUGCUCAGGCAACUGCCGUUCUGCAGGUCCCACGUGCUGUCCCACUCCUAUUGCCUGCACCAAGACAUGAUACGGCUGGCAUGCACAGACUACACCCUGAACAGCCUGUAUGGCCUAACCCUGGUGCUGUUCGUGAUCCUGGACUCGGUGCUCAUCAUCUUGUCCUACACCAUGAUCAUUAAGGCUGUGGUGGGCAUCACCUCCAGAGAGGAGCAAACCAAAGCCCUCAACACUUGCGUCUCUCACUUCUGUGCUGUCCUCGUCUUCUAUGUCCCCAUGGUUGGCCUGUCCAUUAUACACCGGUAUGGGAAGAAUGCUGCACCCUUCAGCCACGUGCUCAUGGCCAACAUCUACCUUUUUGUCCCACCCAUGUUGAACCCCAUCAUCUACAGCAUGAAAAACAAGCCCAUUCGCAAAGGCCUCCUCAGGCUCCUGUGUCAAAGACUGGCCUGA